AUCAUCACCUACUGCAAUUUUAUUUUUUUUCAAAAUUCAAACAACUCUCUUUCCUUGUUCUUCCUCGAUCCAAUCAUAUACGGUAGCUUAAAGCUUAGCCAUGUCGUGGCUUGCUCGUUCCAUAGCCAACACUCUCCGUCUCGACGACGAUGAAGAUAACGAUAACGAAGACAGAGUAGAAUUCAAUCGCAACUCCCAAAACGACGUCGUAACACGUGUUGCCAACUCAUCAACUGCUUCUCACGCCGUUGACGAAGAUACAUCCACCUACGAAGAAAUCGAUUUAGAAGAACGAUCUAAUAACGAUAACGAUUACCGUUCCGGUUCCGAUGUUGAUGAUGAGGAUAAUCAGAAUCGCGGCGUGAAGGAGGAUUUGUCUGAACUGAAGGAAACCCUAACGCGUCAAUUAUGGGGAGUGGCUUCAUUUCUAGCUCCACCACCUCCGCCAUUACCGCCGGGGAAAUCAGAUCUGUUUGGUUUGGAUGGGGACCGGAUUGAGAAUUCCGGAUUGAGUGAUGGAUCCGAGGAGGAAUAUAUUGGGGAUGGAGAUGGUUAUUUGGAGAAUUCGGAUGAAGUGGAGGAGGGUGAAAGUGAUGCUGUUGGAGUGACAGAGGAAGUGUUAGCUUUUGCUACCAAUAUAGCUCAUCAUCCGGAGACUUGGUUGGAUUUUCCAUUAGCUGAUGAAGAGGAAUUUGAUGAUUUUGAGCUCUCUGAGGCCCAACUGAGGCAUGCAUAUGCUGUUGAACGUCUAACGCCGAGACUAGCUGCUCUCAGAUUUGAACUUUCUCCUGCUCAUUUAAGUGAAGGCUUCUUUUGGAUGGUCUAUUUUAUUCUUCUUUACUCAAGACUGAAAAAGCAGGACGCUGGGAUUUUGUCUACAUCUCAGCUUGUAGAGGCAAGGGCUAUGUGGAUGCAAGAGCUGCAAAAGAAAACAAAACCAGAUUCAGAUUGGUUUGGCAUAGGCACAUUUCAAGCAAAAGAGAGCCCAUAUUCACCACGUGGAGACUUUGAAUCCAACUCAUCUGAAGAUGCUCACUCUAGAUAUUUUGUGCUCCCAAGAGCAUAUGCUUUUGAACCUCCAAGUUGCCACACCACUUCUGACACUGAGACUGAGAAACACUCAAUUGAAAAUACAGAGAUCCAAUUUAUUGACAAGGCAGUUAUUGAAGAAGAUGCUCCAAGCAAAAUCAUUGAAAAGGAGGUGGUAGCUGGUCCAUCUUUUAAACCACCAGUGUUUGAUUAUGAUGAGCAUGAGGAUGACUGGCUGAAAGACAACUCAGAGUUAGAGGGUUACACGGGUUCUACUAUUGUGAAUGAGGAGGAUGUUUCGUUUAGUGAUCUUGAAGAUGAUACUGAUUAUACAAUGCCUAUGAAACCCAAAUCAGUGCCAAUAAAUCAUAGCACAACACUUGAUGUCUCGUGAAUUUAUCUUUAGCUGCCAGGAGAUUCUUAUUUAACUUAGGAGUAAACCCAGCCGCUUGUCAACCUCUGAGUAAUCUGGAGCUCCUAGCAAAAAAUGCUUAACUCUCAAUUUCUCCAUGGUUCAGGCAUGUUAGGCUGCAUCUUAACCUGUUCUGGCUUGCGGAAGUUAGUACUUCAUGAUUGUGCAAUGACCACUUCCCGUGGUUGUUAUUAGUUGGCAGUCUCAAUGUUAAAGGUUGGUCAUCUCAGAUUCUCAUCAUCUCUUGAACCUCACAAAUUCGAUCACAAGAUGCUUGCUUACUUGCACAGUAUGGUGCAAGGCAAUAAGCAACAUUCAUUUUAUCCACAUCUCCUCCAUUUUUUUGUGUGUUUUGAGGUCAUAGCUUAAUCAUGACCUAGGGAGGGCAUGGUAGCUAAUUCUCGAAACAGUGUUUGUAUUUGUACAUAUACAUGAAUGACCGUGCCCUGUAACAAGGCAACGGAUAUAGUGGGGUGCCAUAUAAGGAAAAGUGUGACAUCUCUCCCCUGUGAAAGGAAUAUUUUUUGCAAUUGCACAUUGAAGAAUAUCCCAAUUUGGCAUGUUCAUCUUUCCUCAAUCUUCUUGAAAUGCAUCUGUGAUGUUAUCAUGCAUCUGUAGGCCUCCUCUUCUUACUUACUAUAAGGGUGUAACUGUGAGUGAGAAGAGAGUGAAACCUUUUUCAUGUCUCUGUUGCUUUUAUCUAUUAUUCC